CCGGCCCCUCAGAGCCCUGCGCCCACAGGCUGGAGCAGAUCCCGCCUCCCCACGACAGCCAAUCAUCGCGCUCAUUUGGGGGCCGGGCUUUGAUUGACAGCGGUGCGGACCAAUCGGAUGCGCCGGGCAGGAAGCGGCCGCGGCGCUCUGCCGGGACCCGGAGCUGGAGGCCGGGGCCGGGCUGGGAUUCACUUUGAAAGAUUCACUGACUGCAGACAGUGGCUCAUCCACCCUCCUUCGUGCCUGUGGUGCCCACCCUGAGACAAGGGGAGCAGCAGGACUUGUUUGUGCUCCCCUGAACACAGCAUGGAUGGCAGGGAGUGGUACCAGACGUUGGUUCCAGCAGGCUCCAAGUCUCUUCUUUAAAGAGAACUUCCAGCAUCAAGAAGGCUGAAAAGCAAAAAAAAAAAAAAAAACCAAAAUGGAAGGAGGUAACAGCCCCAGUCUGCAGCUGCAGCAGCUCCCGUUGGCCACAGCUGCAGUUUCUGUGCAGCCACACACAGACUCCUUCUCCUACAAGGAGAACUUGAUUGGGGCACUCCUGGCUAUUUUUGGGCACCUUGUCAGCAGCAUUGCCCUCAACCUCCAGAAAUACAGCCACAUCAGGCUGGCAGGCUCCAAGGACCCCCGGGCUUACUUCAGAACCAAGACCUGGUGGAGUGGAUUGUUGCUGCUGGUGCUGGGAGAGCUGGGAGUGUUCUCCUCCUAUGCCUUUGCUCCUCUGUCCCUGAUUGUGCCCCUCAGUGCAGUGUCUGUUGUGGCUAGUGCAAUCAUAGGAAUUAUAUUUAUUAAAGAAAAAUGGAAGCCCAAGGAAUUUUUGAGGCGCUACGUGCUGUCCUUCGUGGGCUGUGGCCUGGCAGUGGUUGGCACUUACCUGCUGGUGACAUUUGGACCCAACAGCCACGAGAAGAUGACAGCAGAAAACAUCACCAGGCAUUUAGUGAGCUGGCCAUUCCUGCUCUACAUGCUUGUGGAGAUCAUUGCUUUCUGUCUGCUCCUGUAUUUUUACAAGGAGAGAAAUGCAAACUACAUUGUCAUUAUUCUCCUGCUGGUUGCUUUGCUGGGUUCCAUGACCGUGGUGACAGUGAAGGCUGUGGCUGGCAUGGUGCUGGUGUCCAUCCAGGGCAGCCUGCAGCUGGACUCUCCCAUUUUCUACAUCAUGUUGGUGUGCAUGAUUGCCACAGCCAUCUACCAGGCCACGUUUUUAGCUCAAGCCUCCCAGCUCUAUGACUCAGCUCAGAUCUCCAGCAUUGGCUACAUCCUGUCCACCACAGCAGCAAUCUCAGCAGGAGCAACUUUUUACCUUGACUUCAUGGGUGAAGAUGUUCUCCACAUUUGUAUGUUUGCACUGGGGUGCCUCAUAGCAUUCCUGGGAGUUUUCCUGAUCACAAGGAAUAGGAAGAAGCCUGUCCCCUUCGAGCCCUACAUCUCCAUGGAUGCCAUGCCAGGGAUGCAGAACGUGCAUGACAAAGGGAUUGCAGUGCAGCCUGACCUCAAAGCCUCCUUCUCCUACGGGGCCCUGGAGAACAACGACAGCAUGCCAGAAAUCUACACCCCAGCCACCCUGCCCAUCGUGCAGGAGCAGCACGGGCCCAGAGGAGUCUCUGUCCCUCCCUACAGGGUGCUGGAGCACAGCAAGAAGGAGUGAGUGACCUUCAAGGACUGUCAGGAGUUUGUCUGACCUUUAUUUAUUUACCUGUUCAAAUAGCAGCGAGCAUAAAGCUGACAUUGAGAAGAGUUUCAAGCUCGUCUGGAGCUGAACUUUCCAGGCUGAUUAUUAAAAUAAACAACUUUUUCUAGUUGGGAUGUUGGAAGCAAAUCCCAGUUGUGCAUGGAAUUCUGCUGGCUGGGUGUGCAAUGAUGGAAUGGUGAGUGCAGCACUGUGGAACUGAUGAGAGGAGAUGCUGUGGAAGUGACUGUGCAGUUUUCAGCCCUGCUGGGAGUGGUUUUAUCUCCAAACAAGUUUUCAGGAGCUGCUCACAGAGAGAGGAGGACAGGAUUUAAUCUUUCAUUUACAGGGACUCUGACAGAUUUCCAGGAAGGCUCUAAAUCCUGGUGUGACCACAGAGCUCCCCUGACACAGCAAUAAAUGGAAUUGUUUUGGAACUUGCUGUGUGUUCAGAGCAGCAGAACUGGUGAGAGUGAACACUUUAUCCCUUCAAACCCCAAUUUUGGGCACUUCUGUUCUGGUGUUGAACACAAGCACUGAGGAUGGGGGUUGUUUUCAGAGCACCACUGGAUUAAGAACAAAGAUGAUUUGCCAGUUUUCUGAUUUCAUAGCAGGAGCUUCCAGGUGGAUUAAAUGGUGCAGAGGGAGCACUGUGAAGGAUGAGGAGAAAUGAGAAUGAUGUGAUUGUAUCUGGUGGGGAAUUUCUGUCAUUUUGGACAAAAUCUGAACUCUUUAUCAUGUUUAUUUAUUUUCUUUCUGAUUGAGGCAGGAUUUCCAACUUUAGUGGUCCCAACUACUGAAAGGUGUUGCUCAGUUCAGGUGAUGUAAGCUGGGGUCCUCCCCCCUAUUUUUUCUUUUAUAAAAAGGAAGAACAAUACUUGUCUGCUAUUGUGGAUGGCCUGAGGAGGGAAGUAACACAGCCCAGCACUCACUGAGCACAAUGGAGCUUUGUGUACUUUGAUAUUUAUCUUUCCAGCUUCCAGGAGAUGGCCAGGAGCUGAUACUGAGGGAGAAUGGGGAGCUGUCAAGUGAGGAGGACAAAGUACAACAGUCACUGGUUAUCCUGGCACUUUGAUAGCACUGGCUGCUCUAAAAUUGGGGUUUUUUGCUGGGAAACUGAAUUUUGAGUCUACUCAGUGUGACUUGGGCUGUCUGCACAAUGGAAUCUUUAUUUGGAACUUUAUUUAUAGGAAUAGUUCUCAUGUUCUGUGUAUUUUUAAGUGAUUCCCCCAAUAGCAGGGAGUUUGGGACUAUCUGAGAUCUGGAACAGUGUCUUUCUGCAUUUAUUUAUUUUUAUUUGUUAAAUUGACUCAUGGCCAGUUUCUGUUCCCACUGCCAGAAAUUCCCAACAACUCCCCUGACCUGUACAUGAUUAUUCCAGGUUCUUGUUGCUGUAAAUGAUAACAGAACUGUUCCUUUGCAUUUGUUUGCUUUGCCAGCUCUACAGACUGAUUCAAUCUGGGCACACUUUGGAUUGCUUUGGCAUUUUUGUGCAGUUUAGAAGAAUAACCUUCCCCCUGCACAGGGGCUGUACCCAGGUUUCUUCACCAGCUGGGCACAAUUCAGAUCUUAUCAGUGACAUCCCCUGCACUGGAACUUGGGGAACCUCAAGGAAUGACAGCUUUCCUUUCACCAUCAAUACUUUAUUUGUGAUUAAACAAGAUAAGGAUGUUAAUGGGCUCCUGCUGGGGUGCAGUGACACUGAUUUACUGCCUUUGGAUGUGGUCAUCGAUUGUUGGUGAAUUUAUGGGCAGCUUUUGUUCAUUAACAAUGCAGAAUGAAGCAGUGCAGGGGGGCUGAAUGGGAAGGGCACAGCAAUUCCUUAUCUCUUCCCAUUUAAUUGGUUGUGCAGCUACAGAACACAGUCUGAAAACAAGCUGUGCUCCAGCACACACUUGUUCCAUGGCAAUAUUCUCUGUGGUUAUAAAAUAAUUCAUCAGAAGGGUUUCAGUGUUUGGCUGCUGAUGGUCCUGUGUGUGGCACUGCACUGGUCCCAGUUCUAGCAGGGUUUAAACCCAGCAGGGACUGAGCACAGACUUGGACUGAGCACAGAUUUGCAGCCAUGGAUGUCAUUGUGUGGGUUUGGCCCUUUCUUUGCAAAGAUUCUAAAGGCAAGUCUUGCUCCAAAGCUUUACAUAACCAUGUUUUAUUUGCACAGUCUCUGUGUGCUCAAAUAAUUCUACUUAAUAAUGACAGUUCCCUUUACCUGCAGCCACAGAGAAAUCUCCUUUUGUUUGCUUCUGGAAACUUCCUGCCACAGGCCUCCACUGGAGGUGGUGUCUGUUUCCACAGCACAUAAAUCACAAUAUUUUUGAUUAUUGUGCCACAGCAGUGGAGCCUGGGAUGUUCUUUGGGCCAUGACUGAGGGGCUGCACCUCACUCCUGUUUGCUGCUGCUGUUCAAUCUUAGAAUGGGGCUGGUUUUGUUUGUUUGUUUUAUUUUAUGCACUUCCCUCUUUCUUGCUUUUUCUCUCAGUCUUCCAAAAAAUGUUAUUUUCUACUCUUCAGCCUAAGAAAAGGCUGAGCAGGGCCCAGAGAAACCAAGUAUCUUGUUUAAACUUGACUGAAGGACUUGUGUGUUCUUUCUGCCUCUCUCAGGAGUGAAUUAAACUCCUCACCUCCCUUCUAGUUGAAACAGGAAGGGUUUUGCACCCUCACACUGAGCUUUCCCAGAAUAUUUGUUAGUCUGAGGUGACCAUGGCCAUGCUGGAAUUGCAGUAAAUAUUUACAGCUGAGCAGCACAGGAAGGUUUAAAGGAGAGAGGAGCCCUGUGCCACAUUCCAGGGUGAAAAAUGACUGAAGUGUUGUACAGCACACUCUGAUCUGUGCAUGUCAGCACUGCAGGGCUCAGCAGUGCCCUGCACAGCACCCCAGAUCCCAAAUGGAAAGGAUUUCUCAGCACCAGGAGCUGCUCCAGCACUCUGUGAAGGAGCAGCUCCUUGGGUUCAUCCCUUGGCAUCUCUUACCUCCACCCUGUGUGGCUCCUGGAUGCACAGAGCACUUCAAAGAUCCUCAGUGUGUAUUUUAUGUGUAACUUAACUCUGUGGGGCACAGCUGAAUGUAUAAAAUCUGCCUACACCAUUCUCCUUUCACCUUAAAAUGUGUAAAUAAAUCAAGCUUUACACUCUUGCACUAUAAAGGACAAUUGCUUCAUUUUUCACAGGCAGUGUUGCAUGUCUGUUUAAUUCUAUUUGUCUUUCAGGUGAGACAAAUGAAACCAAACUUUGAAUAAAAGAUUGUGGUAAAAUGAAACUUUGAAUAAAAGAUUGUGGUAAAACCCAUGGAA